AAAACAACAAUCAGCGGUUCAAUACAUACACAUUUCUCUCACAUUCACGUUCUUUAAUUUCCCCUUCAUCGAUUAUCGUUUCCUCGAGGAGUUCCAAAAUCCCUAGAUUCGGUAAACUCCUCCUGGGGACUGUAGAUUUUGCUUUCAGUUUCUCCAAUGGCUUCCGAAAGCUUCACCGACAAAAACGCCGUUUUCAGGAAGCUGAAAGCCAAAUCGGAGAAUAAGAUGUGUUUUGAUUGUAACGCGAGGAAUCCAACUUGGGCAUCGGUAACCUACGGGAUAUUUCUCUGUAUUGAUUGCUCUGCCACACAUCGUAGCCUCGGUGUUCAUAUCAGCUUCGUUAGGUCAACGAAUUUAGAUUCAUGGACACCAGAUCAAUUAAAGAUGAUGAGUUUUGGGGGCAACAAUCGAGCUCAAGUGUUCUUCAAGCAACAUGGUUGGACAGAUGGAGGGAAAAUUGAAGCCAAAUACACCUCAAGAGCUGCUGAGUUAUAUAAACAAUUACUUUCAAAAGAAGUUGCCAAAAGUCAUGCAGAAGAUGCUGCCAACAGCUUCCCAUCAUCACCUGUUGAAACUCUUGAUAAACCUUCUACUGAUUUCAAGCCCUUUGAAACCCUAAAAGAGAACCCUACACCUACACCUGCAUCAAAACCUGACACCAAUGGCUCUGCUCCAGUGAAACCAGCUCCAUCAUCAAUCCGUGCACCUUCUGUCAAGAAACCCAUUGGUGGUGGUGCUAAAAAGACUGGAAAGACAGGGGGCCUAGGUGCAAGAAAGCUUAGCACCAAGACAAGUGAGAGCUUGUAUGAUCAGAAGCCAGAAGAGCCAGUUGUACAAGUGUCCUCCACGUCAGCAAGUAACAACGCAUCGUCAUCAGCUUUGAACAUGACACCUCAGAUUUCACGGUUUGAGUAUGUGGACAGUAGUGAAUCCGUGGAGGCGGGCCCAGGUGGCACGAAUAAGCUGAGCCAUGUGGCGCCACCUAAGUCGUCCAGUUUCUUUGCUGAAUAUGGAAUGGAGAGUGGCUUUUCGAAGAAAAGCAGCUCCUCAUCAAAAGUCCAGAUACAGGAAAGUGAUGAAGCAAGGAAGAAAUUCUCUAACGCCAAAUCUAUUUCAUCCGCACAAUAUUUUGGGGACCAAAACAGAUCCGAAACUGAUACUCAAGUCUCCCUACAAAAGUUUUCGGGGUCCGCAUCCAUCUCAAGUGCUGAUUUAUUUGGUAAUGACUCCGACAAUUCUAACCUCGAUCUCAGUGCUAGUGACCUCAUCAACCGCCUCUCUUUCCAGGCACAACAGGAUAUGUCAUCGCUAAAGAACAUAGCAGGAGAAACAGGAAAGAAGCUGAGCUCCAUUGCCUCCACUUUCAUGAACGAUUUCCAAGACCGGAUCCUCUGAGACUGAGAUUGGAAGGAGGCGUGGUGUUAAUUACAGAAAUACCUCUGAUAAAUAUAAAUAUAAAAUAUAUUAUGUAAAGGGUAAAAUUUCUCUCCUAUUCUAUUUGAGUUUGGAGGGUCACCUUCCUUUUAUAAUCGUAUUUUUGUAGCCGGAAAUUCUUUUAAAAAAUAUUGUCAUGUGUGUCUGCUAUCGUUUUUUUUUUUCUUUUUUCUUUUUCUUUUUCGUGUUGUUUUUAAGAUGUAGAGAGAGAGCUACAUAUGCAAAGUGUCGUUGGUUGGAUUCCGUUUAAGUGAAGGACAUUUAUUCUUAUAUAAAAGUAUGCAGGUGAUGAUGAAAACAGGAAAUAUAUUUACAUCCUUGAGAGUUGAAAGACUAUUUUUAUAUUUCAAA